AUGUGUAUUCUUCUUAGUACCGUGGAACAUGAGGAUUAUCCCUUUAUAUUGAUAUCUAAUCGAGAUGAGUUCUUCCAGAGACCUACAUUACCUGCGAAUAUAAGAUCAGCUGGCAACAAAAAGAUCUUAUCCCCGUUGGAUCUCGGUCGAUCUGAACAUGGGAGUUGGAUUGGUGUUGAUGACAGUGGUAGAUUAGCAGUAUUGGUCAAUUAUAGAGAAAAAGGUGAUAUUAUAAGUGAAAUAAGUCGAGGAGUUUUACCUAUUAACUAUAUUACAAGUAAUGAAGAUGAUGACACAUGGUAUGAUAAUUUAGGGGAUUCCUUGGCCACCAUGAUUGGCAGUAAAGAACCAGUAGAAUUGAAAAGAAUUGGAGGGUUUUCUCUCUUAUAUGGUCAAUUGAAGUUGAAGGAUGGCAAAAUUGGGAAGUUAAAUAUCAUCAGUAAUAAGGGAGAUCGAGGAACUAUAUUUGAAACAGUUCAAUUGAAUGACUCGAAUGAUAAUAAUAGUCGAUUGCAUAUGAAAGAACAAACUAUGGGGUUAUCGAAUUCAUUAUUUUAUGAACCAUGGGAGAAAGUUAAUAAGGGAGUGGAUUUAUUACAUGAAUUAAUGCAACAGACUAAAACUACCAAGUUUAAUCAACAACAAUUGGUUGAUAAAUUAUUCACACUUUUGAGCACAGAUACUUUUGACCAAUCACUUACAGAUAAACCUUUUACUGAACAGAUGUUUGGGUUAAGAAAUACCAUAUUUGUACCACCUUUAGAUACUCAUAUUAAAAUCAAAAGUCCCACAACUGGUAGAUUUUAUGGUACGAGAACUCAAACGAUAAUUCUUUUAGAUAAGCAUAAUAACUUACAUUAUUACGAAAGAGAUAUCAUUGACAAUGAUGAUUUGGUAGUCAAAAACAAUGAUCAAUACUUUAAAUUUUGUCUUUGA